AUGUCAAACGACAAUGAAGAAAGGUAUUUAUCCACGAUCAAGUCUAUUCAAGACAGCUACAUCUCCAAGUCGUUUCCUGAAGUGGUCCCGGACAAUUUGGAGAUACUCUCCACCAUCAGAUACGAUCCCAGUUUAACUAAAAACGCACCAGCCAGUUCUGACCAAAUACGUAAGAGUAAUUUCUUUCUCUUUGAAGAACAUGUUCAAAGAACACAGUUCACCUUGCAAUAUUUCCAGUUGCAAUUUUACGGAAACACCGACUUAGCCUUUGAAUUCACUGCCGAUAACUUCUUUAAUUAUUUAGUAAGUGCAUUCAGUCAAUCAGGAAAGUCAUUGGCUGAGCCGUAUAAAGUAAGAUGUUUGUUCCAUUUGAACUCAGACCUUGUAGUAGAACUUCAUCCCACACCAGUACGAGAGAAUUUACUAGAUGGAAUAUUGACUCCAUCUCUACCUGAGACAGACGACUUGCCUGAGUUUGCCGAGAACAAGACCUGGGACGUCUAUAUCGACUCGAAACCAACGUUGAUUUCACCUUUCACUUCAUUCAAAACGACUACCAGGAGCCAUUACUCUGAUUCUAGAGCUCGUGCUCUUCCUGGACUCAGACCUGAGGCUGAAGAGGUAAUCUUGUUCAAUCCCCAGAACAACUUGAUGGAGGGUUCCAUCACCAAUGUAGCAGUAAAACGUAAAUCAGAUGGAAAGUGGAUCACUCCGCAAUUGAGUUCUGGUUGCUUGUGCGGAGUUAUGAGACACUUUCUCUUGCGCAAAAACUACUUAGAGGAGGAAACGAUUUCGAUGGACCAGAUCGAAAUAGGUUCGGAGGUUUUAUUGUUCAAUGCCAUUAUGGGGGUAGUCAAGGGUCGUAUAGUGGGCCGUGCCAGUUGA